AUGACCGUCUCUGUCUCUCAGUCCAGAACAACAGGGUCCAUUCAGCGCACUGAGCGUUUAUUUGUCUCUGUGUCUCCAGUGGACGUGGUUGCCGUCCGUCACAUCACGGCGGCCCUCCGCUCGCAGCAGGAAGUGGAGCUGAACAGACAGGAAGUGACCCGGACUCUGAACAGGAUGUUCCACAGCGUGUCACAGGAAGUGCCGGGUCAUGUGAGCGUGGAGGCUCCAGAGGAGACGUGCAGUCUGAUGUUCAGGCUCAGCCACCGGUGUGACUCUGGUCUGAUCUCAGCUGCUUCUCUCCACACGGCUCUCAUUGCUCUGUCAGCUGAGUCUCUGCUCGGGAAAUACCGAGCUCUGGUGAGCGUUGCAGAGGGCGGAUCAGGAUCCGUCAGCAGGUCUGGACUCAGAUCUCUGCUGCAGGACCUCAGCCAGGUUCCCACGGCGGUGCAGGAGGAAGGUGUGUUUGGUGGCGUGGAGGCGGCGGUGAAGUCGUGUUUUGACGGGGUGUUGACUCCGACGGCGAGGGGAGAACACGUGUUGUCGUGGCUGCAGAGCGAGCCGCGCUUGUUGCUGUGGUUACCCACGCUGUACCGCCUGUCCGUCAGUCAGAGCGUCACUCACAGCGUCCGCUGCCACGCCUGCAAGACCCUCCCCAUCACCGGACUCAGGUAUCGCUGCAUGAAGUGUGUGAACGUCCACCUGUGUCAGAGCUGCUUCCUGACCAACCGACAGACCCACAGACACAAAACAUGCCAUCCAGUCAUCGAGUUCUGCACACAGCCCACCUGGAGAGAGUCUCUGUCCUCAUUGGUGCACAGUGCCUGUCAUGCCUUGUUGCCACGGCGAUCCACUCAGAGGGAGGCCGACAGGAGGAGGGGCCUGAUGUGGGCGGAGCCGGAGGAGACCCAGGACAGCACUCAACCCCCCUCCGAUGCUCCAACACGAUUGGCUGCCUCAGCUGUCAGUCAUGGACAGGUGCGACCUCCCACCUGCUCGCUUUCAUCCAAAGCUCUGCAGACAGACGAGGACACGCCCACCCAGCAGCUGAAGGCGUCCGUCCUGCUGAAGGAGGUCAAAGACCUGCACAGAGACAGAUGGCUGAUGGAGGAGCAGCUGCAGGCCUGGAGACUCACCGUCCAGUCAGAGCACGGCAUCCUGGAGGACAGGUGCUCUCAGAUGGAGGUUACCAUGGAAACGCUCAGAGAUCACAACCUCCGUCUGCAGCGCGCACUCACACAUGCUCUGAAUAAGAUGGAGGCUCAAGAACAUGACAAGAACCCACCACAAAGCCUAGACCAGGAGAACAUGGAGAAGGUGGAGAAUGAGGAGAACGCUGAGAGAGAGAACUCGACGGUGGUCUCGGACUCGGAGGGAGAAACAGAAGAAGAAGAGGAAGAGCUGCUGAAGACAGAAGACGACUGGAGCAAAGAAGAACUACAAACUCCAUCUCCCACAAUGCACCAGCACACACGUCUGUCACAUGAUAUCCACUAUGAGGAGGAGGGGGAGGAGUCUGCCACUGGCUGGUCUCUUUGUCGUCCAAUAGCACUACAGGACGGGCCGGAGGAGGCGGAGCCACAGGACGAUGACACCUGUCUGUCUGAAGAAGAACAAGACGAGGAUUGUGGGACAUGUAGUCCAGAGGAGCUGCUGCAGGAGACAGUGGAGAGACUGAAGACAGUGAUGGAGAGAGACAGGUGGACAGAGAGAGAGACAGGCGAGAGGAGGAGGGCGGAGCUUGUGGUGGUGGCAGAGCAGGUGGGCGACUGUAUCGAGCGGCUGGUGGACGCCGUGAGAGCCGGCACACACUGAGGACUCGCGCUCAGGUUAUAAAAGACGUUUAUUCCUCAUAAUCCACAUAUAAAUACAGACAGCCGAGUGUAAUAAAGGUAGAAAAGAGCUGCAGCUGAAGAGAAGAGAGCAAACAUUUCAAUAAAAUAUUAAAGUCCAGUUUCACUUUCUGUUUGUGUGCACGCAGAGUUUGAAGGUCCAAUCCUUUAGUUUCAUACUUCAAACAGUCAAGAAAAACAAGGAAGGAGCCAUUUCCAGGCCUGGAAAACGAGGAAUGCUAAAUAUACCCUGAAAAAAUUG